UGUUGUGCUUGUGUCGGCCCGCUAUGGAAAGCCAAAAGGUGUAGGGCAGCGUUGCAAAGUAAUCGCUCGGCAUGUUUGUUGCACAUACAAUAAUCGAUUUAUGUGUUUGGGCUAAUAAAAUACCGGUGUGUAAAAUAUGUGAAAUUACGCUGAUUUCUAUGUGUGUAUUCGUAAAUUCAAUCUGGAGUGCCAGAAUGCGCUCAGCGACAAGUAUUCGUAAAUUCAGAGCGUUUCAGUUUAGCCCUCGGGGCGUUCAGAGCCCACACUGGAUGUUUUUAUCAGCGGAUUCAUUGCUACAGUAAAUAUACAAGCUGACACAUUUCUUCCAGUCUCUGAAAGACUACAACUCGUGUGGGGCGGUGCUUCGUGCUCUGACCCGGUCCCUCCCCCAAGGCAGGCUUUUUUGAAAGAGAGGCAGACAGUAACACAAUCCUUUGGGCAAAACUGAAAUAACUGACAACCCAACCACAAUGGCUUCAAGUGAUUGCUCUCAUCAAAACGAAUUCGAAGACGGAUCAUUUGUUUAGCUACAUGGUGACAUUCAACAGGAAUAUAGUGAAGAGAAUUCGAAACAAAGAGUUGGAUUUAGCUAGAAGCUCAGCUACAGCAGAUGCUAGCACCAAGACGGCGUGCUGGUUACUGCAUAGACAAAUAUAGUUCAGGUCAGCUAACUAGCUAAUGACAAGAUAGCUUGCUCAAUAGUUAUGUCGAGCAGUUUUACAAAUAAGACGUUUUUGCUAAGCAGUUCUCCACAGAGCCCUAUGAAUAGUUUUUUUUUUCAUCUGUUGGCAACAACAACACACUGGGACUUGGAAACGAUAUAUUUGUGUGUUGCUAUGAAGAGCCUAUGGGCGAAAUGAUGCAGGCGGGGAUGCACUCUCAGCCAGGUCUGGAUAGGCACCUGCCGCUGCUGCGAGGCCGCCACAGGGUUCCUCCGGGCAGUAUGAUACUGGGCCUAGAGGAGGCUUACCCCGGGUGUCACAACCGGAGCCCUCCCGUAGCCUACAUAGACACCGGUGCUCAGGACUUCAGUGAAAAUGACCGGAACGUCGCCCCGGUGUUGGAAAGGAUAAAGAGGACUCGAUCCAGUAGUUCAAGGCAUCGGUAUAACGAGGUUGUCACAGAAUUGGGACCCGAAGAGGUGCGGUGGUUUUACAAAGAGGACAAAAAAACCUGGAAGCCUUUCGUUGGACACGACUCCCUGAAAAUUGAGGUCAUGUUCCGUAAAUUCUGCGAACUGAACCCUGGCACGACCAAGCGCCAGGGCUUUUUGGGCAUGAAUGAAGGGUAUGAGGAAGAGAAUACAAGCGGUGUGGAAGCGACAACUGGGGGGUCGAACGGAGUUGAGCGAGCUGGACCAGUGCUGGAGCCGAGAACUAGGGUACAUAGGGACAGGGGUUCGAUGGAGAAAACGCACUCCACAGACGAAAGAGACCUUGAUUCAAUAAACAUCAGUGUAGAGGCUGUAUGUGUCAGGGGUGGGCUGUAUGAGGUGGAUCUCAAAGACAGAGAAUGCUAUCCUGUGUAUUGGAAUCAACAGGAGAGCAUCCCUGUCAUGAGGAGCCAGUGGUUCAUAGAUGGCACCUGGCUCCCGUUGGAGGAGGACGAGAGUGACCUCAUCGAGGUGGAGCACCUGACCCAUUUCCGUGGGCAACAGAUGCAGGACAGCUUCGACUCCAACUCUGUGGUGGCCAAGACAGUCGACAGCAAAGAUGUUCUCUCCCACCUGCCCCCUUUCUACCUCCCCUUUCUGUUCAAAUGGAGUGGAUAUCAGCCGACUGCUACAACUAAAUGUCGCAAGCGCAAGCGCUGCUCAGCUGUCCAUAGUCUGAAGUUGAGUCGUACCCACGUGGACUGGCACAGUGUGGACGAGGUCUACCUCUACAGCGAUGCCACCACCUCCAAGAUCGCCCGCACUGUUACCCAGAAACUGGGCUUCUCCAAAGCCUCCAGCAGUGGUACGCGGCUCCACCGGGGCUACGUGGAGGAGGCCUCACUGGAGGACAAGCCCCCCCAGACCACACACAUUGUCUUCGUGGUCCACGGCAUUGGACAGAAGAUGGACACGGGACGCAUCAUCAAGAACACUGGCAUGCUAAGGGAGGCAGUAAGGAAGAUGGAGGAGAAGCACUUUUCGGAGUACACAGAGGAGUAUGUGGAGUUCCUGCCUGUGGAGUGGCGCUCCAAACUGGCACUGGAUGGGGAUACGGUGGACUCCAUCACCCCAGACAAGGUGCGAGGACUGAGAGACCUGCUCAACAGCAGUGCCAUGGACAUCAUGUACUACACCAGUCCCUUGUACAGGGACGAGAUCACCAAGGGCCUGACGUCGGAGCUGAACCGCCUCUACACCUUGUUCUGCUCGAGGAACCCUGAGUUUGAGGAGAAGGGGGGCAAGGUGUCCAUCGUGUCUCACUCCCUGGGCUGCGUGAUCACCUUUGACAUCAUGACAGGCUGGGACCCGGUGAGGUUCUGUCUGCAGGAGCACCAGGAGCUGGAGGAGGCGCUGGACCUGAGAUGGGUCUCCUACGAGGAGAGAAGACUGCUGGAGCAGCUGCAGCUAACCAGGAACAGGUUACGAGAGCUAGAGGAUCAGCUUCAAGGCCUGGAGGCCUCCAAACCGCUAGCACCCCCUGCUCUUAAAUUUAAGGUGGAGAAUUUCUUCUGUAUGGGCUCUCCCCUGGCGGUGUUCCUGGCCCUGAGAGGGAUUAGACCAGGGAACAGUGGAGAACAGGACCACAUCCUGCCUCGCUCCAUCUGCCAGAGACUCUUCAACGUCUUCCACCCCACAGACCCUGUGGCCUACAGACUGGAGCCCCUCAUCCUUAAACAUUACAGCAACAUUGCACCUGCACAGAUACACUGGUGUAGUGCUGUAGACCCCACACCAUACGAUGAGAUCCGGCCGACGUUCAUCAACCCACAGAAGGACCCGACGUCAGACACGGAGAGCAUCCCCAGCCCCUCCACUUCCCCUGUCCUGGCCAGGAAAUACUACGGAGAGUCCAUCGCCAGCAUGGGCAAGGCCAGCAUACUAGGAGCGGCCAGUAUAGGUAACAGUAUAGGGAAGGGGAUAGGAGGGAUCCUGUUCUCUCGGUUCUCCCGCUCCGCGCCCUCCGGAGUGUCCUUUGGCAUCGAGGGUGGGACCCCAGAGGAGGAGGACCCGAAGAGGACAGUCGACAGCCAAUCGGCUUACGGCCUGUCGUCCACCUUGUCCCAUUCCCCCUCCACCCUCAUAGACCCCUCAGUUGAAAUGGAACGCCGCAUUGACUUUGAACUCCGUGAGGGCCUUGUGGAGAGCCGCUAUUGGUCAGCUGUGACCUCACAUACAGCCUAUUGGGUCUCACACGAUAUUGCGCUCUUCCUACUGACGUUCAUAUACAAGCAGGCCAACGUGCCGCCACCCACAGAAGACAGUCCUGACCCAGAGUUAACAUACAGAGAGAGACCCCAUGUCAACACGCGCACAACAUAACAUCUCUAUCACCCUCUGUUACUCCAUUCUCUCUCUCUCUCUGUAUACUGACACACCUCUACUACACAGACCGUACAGUUUAGGAUGGAUACACACACAUUGGAUUAUGCCCCCCUAAGGGGGUGCAGCCUUCCUGUCACCGUUAUGACCAGUGUAGCUCAGUUGGUAGAGCAUGGCACUUGCAACGCCAGGGUUGUGGGUUCGUUUCCCACAGGGGGCCAGUAU